UGUUUUGUGAUUCGUAAUUAAUAUUUUAAAGAUUUAUACUAAUUAUCUAAAGCAUAACAUAAAAUAAAUCACACAAAAUACUAAGAAAACGUUUUUGGAAAACUAGUUUUAAUACGAGAACGAGAGUAAAACUCCGCCAUCUUUGGAUCUUCCACGAGGUUCUAGCACGAGUGUGGAUGAAAUAAUCGUUGUAGUUUUUAAUAGCUGUACAUUUAAAAGGCUCAUAAAUGUCCCCUAGCCAACCUCUUCCUCCCAAAGAGAAUGCUCUUUUCAAAAGAAUUUUGAAAUGCUAUGAACAUAAACAAUAUAAAAAUGGGUUGAAGUUUGCAAAGCAGAUUCUUACAAAUCCAAAAUUUGCAGAACAUGGGGAAACCCUGGCCAUGAAGGGCCUCACCCUGAACUGUUUAGGGAGGAAAGAAGAGGCCUAUGAAUAUGUUCGAAGAGGUUUAAGAAAUGAUCUUAAAAGUCAUGUGUGUUGGCAUGUGUAUGGGCUGUUGCAGAGGUCAGACAGGAAGUAUGAUGAAGCUAUCAAAUGUUACAGGAAUGCUCUAAAAUGGGACAAGGAUAAUAUUCAGAUUCUACGAGACCUUUCUCUUCUUCAGAUUCAGAUGAGGGAUCUGGAAGGCUAUCGGGACACACGCUACCAACUUUUCAUGCUACGUCCAACUCAAAGAGCCUCGUGGAUUGGAUUUGCUAUGGCUUAUCAUUUAUUAAAAGACUAUGAAAUGGCCCUAAAGAUACUGGAGGAAUUCAGAAAAACACAAACGAAACCUGGCUAUGAUUAUGAGCAUAGUGAGCUACUGCUAUAUCAGAAUAUGGUGAUCAGAGAGAGUGGUACAUUAGAAGAAGCUCUUCAGCACUUAGAAAAAUAUGAAGAACAAAUAUCUGAUAAGCUAUCUGUUUUAGAAACUAGAGCUGAGAUCUUAGUUCAACUUGGUCGUUUGGAUAAAGCUGAAGAAAUCUACAGAGAAUUGCUGAAUAGGAAUCCUGAAAACCUUGCAUACUAUCAAGGCCUAGAGUCAACACUGAAACCAGUUCAGGAAUCACAAAGGCAAUUUAUAUUUGUCAAAUGCAGUUUUUAUAUAAUUGCUAGUUAUUUUUUAGGUGAAGUGUUCAGAAAGUUAGUAGAUGACUACAUGCGGAGAGCCAUACACAAAGGGAUACCUCCUUUGUUUGUUGACUUGAGGCCAUUAUACACAGACCUAGAGAAGGUAAAAAUUAUUGAAGAGUUGGUCCUUGGAUAUGCAAAUAUGCUGAAGCAGAAGGAGGUCUUUUCAGAAGAUGAUAACUGUAUUGAAAAGGAGCCUGCUACUGCUCUCCUGUGGACCUACUACUUUUUGGCUCAACAUUUUGAUUACUUGGGACACACAGACAAAGCCUUAGAAUAUGUCAAUACGGCCAUAGAGCACACACCAACUCUCAUAGAAUUAUUUGUAUCUAAAGCUAGAGUAUAUAAGCAUGCAGGAGAUAUUGACAAAGCAGUUAAGUGUUUGGAUGAAGCCCAGUCUUAUGAUACUGCAGACAGAUACAUCAACUCCAAGUGUGCCAAGUAUAUGUUAAGAGCCAAUAUGGUUAAGGAAGCUGAAAAAAUGUGUUCAAAAUUUACUAGGGAAGGUGUAUCUGCUAUGGAGAAUCUGAAUGAAAUGCAAUGCAUGUGGUUUCAAACAGAAUGUGCUCUAGCAUAUCAGAGGUUAGGGAAGUGGGGAGAUGCCUUAAAAAAGUGUCAUGAAAUUGAUAGGCAUUUUUCCGAAAUAAUUGAGGACCAGUUUGAUUUCCAUACUUAUUGUAUGAGAAAGAUGACUCUCAGAGCUUAUGUUGGACUACUAAGGUUGGAAGACAUUCUCAGAUCUCAUCCUUUCUACUUCAGAGCUGCCAAGGUGGCAAUUAAGGUUUACCUCAGGCUACAUGAUAAACCACUGAGUGAUGGUGAAUCUUCUCAGCAGAUUAAUACAGCUAAUAUGGCUCCAUCUGAGCUGAAGAAACUGAGGAACAAACAGAGGAAGGCACAGAAGCGGGCUGAGCUGGAAAAGGAAAAACAGAAUGCUGCUCAGGAAAAACGGGAACAACACAUUAAAUCUCGUCAGCAGCAGGAUACAGAGGUAGACAAUGUGAAGGAAGAAGAAUUGGUUCCUGACAAAUUAGCUAAGGUUGAAGACCCUUUGGAACAAGCCAUCAAAUUUUUAAAACCCCUUCAGUUGCUAGCAGCUGACAGAAUAGAAACUCAUCUGUUAGCUUUUGAGAUUUACUCCCGCAAGAACAAGCUCUUGUUGAUGCUACAGUCCAUUAAACGAGCAUAUAAACUUAAUCCCUCUCAUCCUAAACUCCAUAGUCAUAUUAUCUGCUUUUAUAGUAUGGUGUCUCAACAGACUGAUCUAGCAGAAUCUGUGUCUACAGUCUUGAAACAGGAGAUGGAAAAAGUGUAUGGUUCUAAGACAGCCCAACAGCUGAAUGAGGAGUUUCUUACUCAACAUAAAGACUCCUUGCCUCAUUUAUUAGAAGGUGCUCGAAUGUUGUAUUUCCUAGACAAAUCAGCCGAAUCAAGAGUGCUAGAAUUAGUGACUACAUUUUCCAAAAAUAUUAAGGGUCUGAACAUUGAGACUUGUACUGAGGUAUUAUAUGCUAUCAGAGAAGGUGAACUAGGACUUUGUGAGGAAGAAGUUUCUAAGUUCAUCUCCAGAUGUAAUGAGUUGUUCCCCAUUGCUACAGCUUUCCGUCCUGAACUACAGAAGGAAGAUGAAAAUCUUGUGCCUCAGGUCUGCAUAGCAGGAGAUGGGGGGAUAACCAAUCAUGUUGAUGGACUGACUAAAGAAGAAUAACCCAAGCCUGUUUAUUAUAAUUAUCUAGAAAUAUUGGCUUCCGUACAAGGCUGGAGCAAAGACAUUUUGACCCAGCUCCAUUCCAGUGGCCUGUGAUUGAGCCUGUCAUCAGGCAAACAAGGUUUAUAUUACCAAUUGCAGUACAGUUUCUGGAAAUAUACUUUAUCCCUGAGGGAUAAAAAUACAAGCAUUCAAGAAAAGAGACAGAGACUCUUGAGUAGUUACUUCAAAAUAUGACACAGGAGCUGGGUUGGAAGCUGUUGCCCUUUUAUGGACUUGCAGAAUAGAACUUGCUUUGCAAGUAAAUCAUACCACUGGUUUUUCAAUAGUUUUUGCUGCUUCUUUUUUUAGUACCAUUAAAGGCAGUUUUGAUCAGUACCUUAGCUUUCAGUCUCAUGCUAGAUGCUAUAACUGGUGACCUAACUUUACAGUUUACUCUAUCUUUUAUUUACAGAUGACCAAAUGGAUUGUUUUCUUUCAAAAGUUCAGCAAACAAAUAAUUUCACUUGUACUCUUGUGAGGGAAAAAUUACAUAUGACUGAAGAGCUCACUGUUAUAUUUAAAAUAAUCAGGUUUCAAUACUAAAAGGGAAAAACUUUCAUUUAUCUUUGUGCUAUUCCACUAUGGUUUUGUGUGUGUGUGUGUGCUAAUGAAAAAUUCUAAGUCAAACUUCAGUCAGUGCCUAUACGUAAAAACUUGCCUUUUUUAAUUUUCAACAUGAAUCAUAAAUUGGCAAACAUAGUGAUGUCUAAUAGCUCUGUUGGCUUUCAGCAUUUCUUAAUAGCAAAUUUGUUUCUUUUAUUUCAAAGAUAAGACUGAUAGUAAUUGAAAUUGGAGUAGAAAUGUACUACUUGUAAACAUGCAUUUGGGAUAUGCAUGCUAUUAUUAUAAAUCUACAUUGAAUUUAACAAAAACAGUAGGUUCACUUGACAUGUAUAGCAAGAGAGUUUUGUUUUGUCUCAUUGUUCUAAGUUGUUAUUUACAAAAUGUGGUACCUCUUUAAAGGAUACCACUAUGCAGUGGAAAAUGUUUUUUUUUUAUUAAAAGGGCAUUUUUCCCCUUUUCAAGAAUUGGGUAGAAAAUAAACAGAAGUCUUAAGUAUUAGUUUUCCUCCAACUACUAAUAAACUAGUUAAUUUAUAAAUAGUAGAAGUUAAUGCAUCAUUUACUGGCAUUACUGUUGGUGCAAGUAACCCGUUAUUCCUUGGAGUACCAUCAGAGAUUUGUUUGAUGGUUUGGGGAAAGUUUGUUCAUAAAUAUGUUGGUUUCAAUUUAUCAGAGAUUCUGAAAUGUAAUACAAUCCAACAUUUAGUCAUGCAGAAAUAUGUUUUUCAUUGAUUUAAGUACAAGUUAAUAUUAGACUCUAAAUCCACUUUUAGGGGCAUAAUUAUGUUCUUUCUUUUUUUUUAAUGGUUAGGAAAAUUUAAUUAUAAACAUUUCAGUGGUUGUUACAGUGCAGAAUAUCUUAGAGUGUAAAAAAAAUGUUCUGAAGUGGAUGGGCUUAGAUUUAGCAAGAUUUGGUCACUAAAUUGCUUUUUCAUUUCAAAACUUGUUUGUAGUAUCAAAAAUUCAACAAAAUAAAAUAUUUCCUUACUUCCUGUAUGAUUUCAAAUA